AAAUCUUCAUAAAUUAAAAAUUGAAAAAUUUUUUAAUAUUAAAAAUAAAAAAUUCUAAAAAAUAUAAUGAGAUCUGAAAUAGAAGAAAGAAAACAUGUUCUCUCGUUAUAUCACCAAGGUGGCUAGCUAUAGGCUGUUUUGCGCAUGACAGCGAGAUACCGAUGGAUAUUGAUGCACCGUGUCAUAAGGUUUGUUCGCGUCGCAUACUCCAACUUACUCCAACAUGCUCCAAUGCAUAUGCGGCAAAUAUAUUGGAGCAUAUUGGAAUAUAUUGGAGCAUGCAAUGCGAACAAACUUAUAAUUGGCGCUAGCAUCGAUGAACCAUUUUGUAGAUGCUGAUUACAAGCAUUACAUUUCAUGUUAGCCAUGAAAACAUGAUGGAAAGAGAAAAGGUGAAGGGGUGAAAGCAUCUUUUUUGUGAGUCACGCCAAUGGCGUCGAUCGAGCGCUUUUCAUCUCGUUGUCCAUACUUUUCAACUCUUCUUGUCAAGUUUUAUUUUGCAAGUAAUCUUGCUUUCUGGAAAUUUCAAUCUUUGUAUUCUGUUUGGAUCGUAAAUUAAAACGAUGUUAAUUUUCUGAGGUUUCAAGGUACUUAAUAUAUUUUGAUAUGUGAGUGGGACGCAAACAGAAUCAUAUUACAAACAGAGCGGCGAAGUGAAUCAACGCGUUGGAAUAGGUAAAACAAUCUCGAACCCUAGCUCUAUACGAGGAGUGAAGAGUCCGCAACUCAGACUAAACAUUUCGCAGAUAAGAGCGUUGGAACUUUUGCUGUUUAUUUUAUCGAUUUUUAUUACGUUAUAUUAAUUAACAAUUGCGUCAUUGACGUCAUCGGUGUUCGGUAAAGCGUCAUCAAAGACGACAGUCGUUAUUUUGCAUAAACCGACUUCGUCCAGCGACGAUGGUGUAAAGUGAUCUCUAUAAUGAACACGAAAAACAGCGGUAUAAAUUUAAUCCAAUCUCGCAUUUGUAUCGUUUUUUUGUCGCCUUGCGAUGUCAGAGGACGCCGAACGAGACGCGUGUCGAGAAACGAACGAAACGGAGGCAGCAAGUUGCUGCGAGCUUUUCAAGCUUGCGACUCAUGGUCGCAGACAUCUGAAGACGGUGUUGUCAUGGACCGUCGCGAGAAAACUGCCGGUUUUGCCGAUCAGCGGUUACAUUUGUCGGAGAUGUCGCCGCGAAAUGCAAAAGCUAAAAGAGGCUCUGCGGAAAUUAGGAUUAUCAAAACGGGCGAGGCGUGUGGGAUUGAGGCAACUAGCGGUCAGACCAUGCGUGGUUCUUAAGCGAUGGCCGGCUUCCAGUUACAAAGAGAAAUCACUGCAGUCAUUGCCUAAUAGUAAUCAAAAUUUUCUGACGUCCCACAAGGAAUCGCAAUACGGACACCGAGACGAUGCCGAAAAAAGGCAAAUAGAAGACUCUCAAUAUCUUCUUCAACAGUCUAACACACAAAUUUUAAGCGCUGCUGCUGAAACUGCACCGAUUAGUAUAUUAGACGCUAGUAAAACUUGUCGAAAUGAAAAGCAAGACUGUAAUUUGUUAGGAAAAGAAUUAUCAAACCCAAGGGAAAAAACUGUCAAUCCUGUACAGGAUUUCACUCAAAAAGCAACAAAAAAGGAUUCUCAGAUCUAUGUUACGUCAACAAAGCAUAGGGAUGUUUCUAAAAGAUCAGAUAUUGAAGCAGCAUGCAGCUCGUCUUCAUCGAAAGACGAAUUGAUAAGGAAACAGAAUUUUCCUCACAAGUUUGCAAAUAAAAAUUCUUGUUCUAAAAGUAAAAUUGAUUUUUCAAAAGAUAAAUCUAUUUCUGUUUCCGCAAAAAAAGUGAAUAUUAAUGAGGAAUGUCCUUUGUCGGAAAAUAAAUCAUCAGAUACAACCGUACCGCUUCGAUUGACGAAACAUCGUUCUGAUCCUAAAAGGAGCAUUAAUUCUUCGGAAGAUGCUAAUGUUUUUGCUAGACAACAUAAAGAAAAGGUUUUCUCAUUAAAAACCAAACUAGAUACGUUACAAGAAUGUUCCAAUGAAUCUAGAACUGUUAAAAUUUUUUCUAAAUGCAAUGUUAGCUCAAGCAACAUAAUUUCAGAAGCAAAAGCUAAUGAUUUUACAAACGAAAAUGAAAAUGCUCAAUUAGAUUUAGAGUUAGUUAAACAUAUUGAUACAUCGUUACAAUAUAAAGAUAUAGGGAAUAAUAUCAGUCAAACAAAAAUAAAUUUAGAAUCUAAAUAUCCAUCAACAGUUAGCCUACAUAUUAGAAAAAAUUCCAAAGAAAUAAUUAAAAGAAAAGUAAGUACCAAAAGUUUAGAUCAAAAUGCAUUGCCGAUAAAAAUACGAAAGAAGAAUGAAAUUAACACAUCAUCAGAUAAAGUAGUACUACAUAAUAAUAUCGAAAUAUCCAAAUAUAAACUAAAUCAUACAGAGCAAAAAAUUUGGGGGAAUAUUACAAGAUAUAUGACAAAAAAUGAAAAUUAUAAAUCGCUUAAGCGAAGAAGUGAUAAAUAUAAAGAGAAACAAGAACAACUUCAGAAAUAUUUUAAAGAAUCCUUUGAUCCAGACACAAGUGAAACUGAAGAAGACCACAAAAUUUUGUUAAAUUAUGUGAAAAGGAAACAACAAUCUGAUCUAUUGCAUAAUGAUACAACAAAAGAAGAGGAAAAUUAUAUUUUUACAAAGAAGGAAAAGAAAUAUUUUCAUGAAGAAGGAGACAAAAAGCUAACACAUGAUACUAACUUCCAGAAAAAUAUAAAAAGCAUAAACUUCAAUAACUCGGACGAUUUCACAACCAGCAUCGAAGAAUGUGCUAUGCACGAUGCUACAAUGGACACGAAAAUAAAAGACAAAGCAUCGAUAGGUAAACGUAUUAGGUUAGCUAAUAGUACGCAGGAAAAUAUGAAGAGCACUAAUUCUGAUAAUUCAUGCGAUUCCACAGCAUGUACCAAAAAAUGCUAUGCUAUGUAUAAUACUGCAGAUGAAGUGGAAGAAGCAUCGACAUGCAAAAACGAAACGUUAAUUAAUAAUUCACAGGAAAAUACAGAAGACAUAAGCUCCGAUCAUUCAUGCGAUUCCUCUGCAAGUACUAAAAAAGAUACUGCAACAAAAAUGAGAGCAAAAGAUGGAGCAUUGACAUGCACAUAUGAUACAUCAUCUGAUGAUUCGCAGGAAAAUACAGAUAUUGUAAUAUUUCGGGAUAAAGCAAAAUCAAACGGUUCGUGCGAUUCUACUGUAAUGGAAAAGUUUAUGCACGAUGCUACAACAGACGAAGAGAUAGAAGAUAGACCAGGUAAACAUGGCACAUUUGCUAAUAAUUCGCAGAAAAAUAUUACAGAAAGCACAAUACUGCCCGAAAUAAAAUCUGAUAAUUCAUGCAAUUCCACUGUUAACACCGAAAAAAAUUAUGCUACACCUGAUACUACGACAGAAAAGAAAAUAGUUAAAUCAUCAAUAGAUGGAGCAUCAACACGCAUACGUGACGUGUCUGCAAAUAAUUCGCAGAAAAGUAUAGAGAAUGCAAAAUCAAUUGAAGAAAAAUCCGAUAAUUCAUGCGAUUCCACUGCAAACAUCAAAAAGUAUUAUUCUAUGCAUGAUGUUGCAACAGAUAAAAAAGUAGAAAAUCGAGCAUCAAAAUAUAUAAGUAGCACGUCAGCUAAUGAUUUGCAAAGAAAUAAAAGAAAAUUAAUUCCAGUAAAAAAAAAGCGCGUAAAGAAUUCUUUAUCAAUUGUGGCUACAGAAAACAAUAAUAAAAGUGAUACACGCGUAGAACAAAGCAAAGAUAUUAACCCAUCAACUAUUGAAAUGGGUUUAAAUGAAAAUACGAGUAGCAAGGGGGAUCAAGACAUAAAAAAGCAAGCAGAUAUUACUUGUAUGUCUAUUCUACAAAACCAGCAGGAAAAUCAAGAAAUAUGCAAUACUGAAAAUGUUGAUUUGAAACAAGACAUACGAAGACACGCAACAUCAAAUUUGGGAUUACCGAUCGCGUUUGCACAUGACUCAGCACUAUGCAAUGUUAAUAAGAAAAACAGCUGUGACAUGUUGCAAAACGUUAAAAAUUUAUUAACAAGUAAUGAUAUUUCGAAAGAUGGAAAGACGAGCUUUCUUGAUCAGUCUUCAGUGACGAAAUUAGAUAAAAAUUCUUUGGAAAGAAGAUGUGAUGAAUCUUGUCUCGUACAAAUGACAAAUUCAUCUAUAUCUCCAAGUCAAUCAAAUUGCAAUCAUAAUCACUCGUCAGAUGAUGAUAACAGUAGCGAUAUUGAAGUGGAAAUAAAAAUAAAACCCAAAUUGAAGUCUCAAAUAUUGCAGAAGUUUUCACUAAAAGCACCUUGGUCUGCAGUAAAUUCAUGUAUCGAAAAUUUACAUACGCUUAAGGAUAAUCCAAACUCCCUUAAUAAUUUUUUUGAAAUUAAUCAUAAAUCAUCUGAAAGAUCCAAACAUACGAUAACAAAUAAAAGCCCGGAAAACAAUAUGUCAUUAAGUGAUAAUCAAAAUGUUAUUAUUAAAACUGAGAAAAUUACAUAUGAUUCUGUUUCUACUGCUAAAGAUAAUGCAAAAUGUUCUCAACAACAAAAUUUUCAAAACUCUCCAAUUUCAAAAGAAGAUGAAAAUGCGAUAGAUUCUAGUCAACGAGAAAGGGAUAAAUGCAUGCAACUUGUUGAAACAACAACACAAAUAAAAACUGAGAACAAUUCUUUAUCAAGAAAACUUGCAUGCGGUAUGUCUGAGUUAGAAAAACAAAUACAUGACGCUUCCACGAGGAACAAACGAAAACAUAACGAAAAACAUUCUCAAGAUAAUACGAUUAUAAAAAAAGUUAGAAGUGAGUCGGUGCAUAAUCAGAAAAAAGAGGAUAAAAACACAUCAUGUAUCGAACAGAAAAAAAUACAAACAGCAGAUAAUCCUGAACGAAUUAAAACUGCAUACAACAUGCCUGAUUUAGAAGAACAACUACCACAGACUUUCUCGGAUAUGACGCAUAGCACACUUCGAUCUAUUACGGAGAUUAAUUGUCGAUAUGCCAUGAAAUUUUCGAGUCUCAAAGCAUCAGAUACAAGAAGGGAUGUAAGCUUAAAAAUCUGUCAGUCAACACAUUCUGCAUCAGUAUCUCCUCAAUCAGAAUCUCAUCCAUCAGAAUCUCUUCAAUUAACAUCUCAAUCAGCGCCUCGUCCGUUAGUAAUUUCUCAAUUAACGCCUAUUCAAUCAACACCUCAUCCGUCAGUAUCUUUUCAAGUAGCACCUACUCAAUCAGCACCUUGUGCGUCAGUACCUUCUCAAUUAGCACCUACUCAAUUAGUAUCUUGUCCAUCAGUAUCUUCUCAAUUAACGUCUACUCAAUCAACACCUCAUCCAUCAGUAUCUUUUCAAAUAGCACCUACUCAAUCAAUACUUCAUCCAUCAGUAUCUUUUCAAAUAGCACCUACUCAAUCAGUAACUCAUCUGUCAGUAUCUUCUCAAUUACCAUCUACUCAAUCAGCGCCUCGUCCGUUAGUAAUUUCUCAAUUAGCGCCUAUUCAAUCAACACCUCAUCCGUCAGUAUCUUUUCAAGUAGCCCCUACUCAAUCAGCACCUCGUGCGUCAGUACCUUUUCAAUUAGCACCUAUUCAAUCAGUAUCUUGUCCAUCAGUAUCUUCUCAAUUAACAUUUAUUCAAUUAACACGUCAUCCGUCAGUAUCUUCUCAAUUAUCAUCUGCUCAAUCAGCGCCUCGUCCGUUAGUAAUUUCUCAAUUAACGCCUACUCAUUCAACACCUCAUCCGUCAGUACCUUUUCAAGUAACACCUACUCAAUCAGCACCUCGUGCGUCAGUACCUUCGCAAUUAGCACCUACUCAAUCAGUAUCUUGUCCAUCAGUAUCUUCUCAAUUAACGUCUACUCAAUCAACACCUCAUCCAUCAGUAUCUUUUCAAAUAGCACCUACUCAAUCAGUAACUCAUCUGUCAGUAUCUUCUCAAUUACCAUCUACUCAAUCAGCGCCUCGUCCGUUAGUAAUUUCUCAAUUAGCGCCUAUUCAAUCAACACCUCAUCCGUCAGUAUCUUUUCAAGUAGCACCUACUCAAUCAGCAUCUCGUGCGUCAGUACUUUCUCAAUUAGCACCUACUCAAUCAGUAUCUUAUCCAUCAGUAUCUUCUCAAUUAGCGUCUACUCAAUCAACACCUCAUCUAUCAGUAUCUUUUCAAAUAGCACCUACUCAAUCAGCACCUCGUGCGUCAGUACCUUUUCGAUUAGCACCUAUUCAAUCAGUAUCUUGUCCAUCAGUAUCUUCUCAAUUAACGUCCACUCAAUCAGUAACUCAUCUGUCAGUAUCUUCUCAAUUACCAUCUACUCAAUCAGCGCCUCGUCCGUUAGUAAUUUCUCAAUUAGCGCCUAUUCAAUCAACACCGCAUCCGUCAGUAUCUUUUCAAGUAGCACCUACUCAAUCAGCAUCUCGUGCGUCAGUACUUUCUCAAUUAGCACCUACUCAAUCAGUAUCUUGUCCAUCAGUAUCUUCUCAAUUAGCGUCUACUCAAUCAACACCUCAUCCAUCAGUAUCUUUUCAAGUAGCACCUACUCAAUCAGCACCUCGUGCGUCAGUACCUUCUCAAUUAGCACCUACUAAAUCAGUAUCUUGUCCAUCAGUAUCUUCUCAAUUAGCGUCUACUCAAUCAGCACCUACUCAAUCAACACUUUGUUCAUCAAUAUCUUCGCAUUUAACAUCUCAAUCAGCAUAUUCUCAAUUAGCUUCUCAAACAGCAUCUCGUCCAUCAGUACCUUCUCAAUUAAUAUCUCAAUCGGCUUCUGAUCCAUCAGCAUUUUUUCAAUCAACACAUCCUGAAUUAACAUUUAAGUUAGUACCAAAAUUGCCAUCAUAUGAUACUGCUAUUAAUAAAAUACACUUCUCAUCUAAAAUAAACACAACAGUUACACCAGUUGAGAUUAAUACUCCAAAUGUUAACAACGAGCUCACAAAUCAUAAUAACAUUUACAUUACAAUGAAAAAUCUCUAUUAUCACAUUGGAUGCUGUCGCAAUUUUAAUCAAUAUAGAUCUAUAAUAAGACAUAUUUCUGUGGAACUAACAGAAAGAAUAUCUGAACAUGUGAAACAAAUAUAUUUAAAUUUGAUAAAUUUGAAAAUACUUCUGUGGGCGAAAGAUAUUCAGAGCAUUGUAACUUACAUUAAUCAAUAUACGUUAUUAAAUCCACCACUGACAGUGACAGAAUUAAACAAUUAUCUUGAUCUCCUGCAUAUUUGUAUCACACUAAGUUCGCAACAGAACGCAAAUGCAUCACAACAUCCGAAUGUUGGCGAAUCAGUUUCGAGUGCGUCAAUAUCAAACGCUAACACGCAAUCAUCUUUUAGAAAUGCUCCAUUUCCAGACACAAACAAAUUUAAGCAAUCUUCAAUACUACAUCCGGUGCCAACGAUCUCAAAUAUCAAUCAGCAGCAAUUGUUGGGCAAUUCGACUAAUUAUUCACAAAUACCACACUCGGGACAACCUAUGCCAAAUAUGCGCCAACAAUAUAAGUCUCAUAUAUCACUUACAGCACACUCACAUAAAUCGAAUGUCAAUCAACAACAAUCUUUAGAAAAUCCAAUACAAAGCAAGUAUAUGCGAUCGGCAAAUAUAUCGAAUGUUGGCACUCAAGAAGCUUUCGUGAAUAUGAGUAACGUUUCAUCAUGGAAUAUUAACAUGCACUCAUAUGGGCCAGUAAAUCAAGGGAAUGUAAACGUGCGUCCUAUAAGCAAUAUGAGACAACCACAUGUUGCAAAAAAUACCAUUAGCAGUACUGCAAUCGCGUUUGCUGCUAAUGUGCAGCAACAAAAACAAAUAUAUUCCCAGUCGUCGCAAAUAAACUCGAGGAUAACAAUUUGUCCGCCACUUAUUGCAAAUCAAAAUGUUCCUCUUGGGACAUGUCAAACUGUGCACAAUGCUACGUUAUCUGAAUCUCUCACAGUAAGUCCUGCUGUUCCAGGAAUCAAUACUGCAAUAAGAAAUGUUAAACAUCAAAGCGCAAAUGUGAAUCAACAGCAAGUAAACUGUAUUUCGCAAGUCUCUCCAGCACCUUUGGAAAGAACGAACUUAUUACCGCAGUACAAUUAUCCAAAUCCAAACGAAACUUCUUUGCACUUACUUCCAGAUGUUACAAUACACAAGAUGCAAAAUCAUUCCAUUCAGAAUAUUUUACCAGGUCAAAACAUGCAGCAGAUAUCACAGCAGAAAUUGCUGGUAAAUCAAGCGAAUGCAAAUGUGCGUCCUGCAAACAACACAGGACAAUCAAAUGUCACGUUAAAAAAUGUAAUUAGCAGUACCGAAACUGCAAAUCAGCAUUUACAACCAAAAGAUUCAGGUGUAAUUGAUUUAUCGAUUAGCAAUAUAUCGCAGAAUGUACAACAAAGUGUGAAUAAAGAAAUUCCCCAAUCGUUAAAUAAAGAUUAUAUGCGAAAGAAGACACAAUCUACAAAUCUACAAAGAGAAAAUUUAAACGCACAUAACAUAUUGCAAAAUACAUCUGGCACUUCUCCAAAAACUUCCACUUUGCAGAGUUCAAAUGUAUUUCCAAAUACGAUAAUGUCUUCACAAUAUUACAGUGAUACAAGUGGUAAAAUGUUUACGUCACCAAAAAACACACAAGCAAAUCAAGUUAUCUAUAAUUUUAAUCUGAUGAUGGAUAAUCAGGCAAUUACAUUAUAUAAUCAAAUGCGAUCAUAUUUCCACAUGCUAGACAAAAUGACAAAUUCUCUUAACAAACAGGAAUGUGAACGUAUUCAUCGUGAGAAAACAACACUAUUUUAUUUUUAUCAGCAUUUACAUAAUUACUUAAAGAGCAAGAUAAGAAAAGUACAGACUGUUGAAAAAUAUGUUGAUAAAGAAUCUCAAGACAAUAUAUCAGAGGCGGUGUUACAAGAGAACACGAUACAAACAUUCGUAGACAAGUUAACAAAGACUCAGUCUAAUCAAGUCAAUGAAAAUACUCCAGUUUGUAAUAACAAUUUAAAAGAACAAUCUUCAAAACAAAAUAUUGACUCGUAUAUUAAGGAGACUUCAAAAUCUACAAUGGUAAAGAGUAAUUUAGCGCAAAAUAAAGAGUCACUUUUUACGCCUGAGUUUGCAACCAGAACAUCACUUUCAAAAUACAUGAGCUCACAAGAGUCGAAUAAUAAUUUACUAAAGAAGUUAUUACUUUAUAGGAAAAAGCCACUGAUCGAAAAACAGCCAAAGAUUAUAGAAAACGUACAUGAAACUUCUGACGUUGCAACGUCAAAUAAUAGUACAGGAAACGAUGCACCAUCACAAUUCUCAUGUAAUACGAAAGAUCAAAAUAAUGAAAUAUAUAAUGAUAAUAAUAAAAUAAUUAAUAAAAGUUUGAAAGAUAAAAUGCGUAAUGAUGAAAAUAUUGCAGUAUUAAAUUCCACAGAAAUACAGUGUGAGCCAUUAAACAUAUCGCCCAGUCUAAAACAAGUUUCGUUAAACAACAUGUCGGAAUCGGUAUCUUCAAUAAAGAAAUGCAAAUCUACGGAAAUAAUGCAACGUGAGACGCAUGCCGAAACGAUAUCAAAGUUUUACUUAGCACAGCAAGAAGAUCCUACAAACGAAUGGAGUGACGAUUCUGAUACAACAUCUGAAAGCUCUUUUAAAUUAUAUAUCGAUGAAAAUCCAAAAAAAUUGCACGAACAAUGCGUUCAAGAAGAUAAUUUAAGUACAUCACAAAAUUCAGCAUCAUUAACUAAUACGACAAAAUGCGAAUCUACGAAACUAAUGCAAGGAGAUUCCGAGAAGAUACACGAAAAGCAAGUUGAAUCAAGAGAAUUUUAUUUAAAUGCACAACAAGAUCCUACGAACAAUUUUAUCGAUGAAUCGUCUGACAGUUCCUGGGAACUGUAUAUCGAUGAAAGCCCGAAGAAAUCGCAAAACGAUGAACAGUGCGACGAGAUAUCAUCUUCUGAAAAAGAUAACUUAAGUACAUCACGAGAUUCAGUAUCAUUUGAUACGAUGUACGAAUCUUCGAAAAAACUGCAAGUUACUGAAAAGCACGCCGAAACAAUAUCAGAAUUUUGCUCAAAUGCACAGCAAGAAGAUUUUUCGAACGAACAAAGUAAUAAUUCUAUCGAUGAAAUGUUCGAGAGUUCUGGAAAACUGCAUACCGACGAGAGUGCGAAAAAUACAAAGAUAGCAUCAUCUUUUUCGAAAAACAUCUCUGAGGCAAAUUCAGUUGAUAUGCGUCAAGAAUUUAUGAUCGAAACACAAGAUACUGAAAAUAUAAAAGAAGAAAAUAGUGAGCAAUCGCCUGAAAAGCACGCCAAAACAAUAUCAGAAUUUUGCUCAAAUGCACAGCAAGAAGAUUUUUCGAACGAACAAAGUAAUAAUUCUAUCGAUGAAAUGUUCGAGAGUUCUGGAAAACUACAUACCGACGAGAGUGCGAAAAAUACAAAGGUAGCAUCAUCUUUUUCGAAAAACAUCUCUGAGGCAAAUUCAGCUGAUAUACGUCAAGAAUUUAUGAUCGAAACACAAGAUACUGAAAAUAUAAAAGAAGAAAAUAGUGAGCAAUCGGCUGAAAAGCACGCCGAAACAAUAUCAGAAUUUUGCUCAAAUCCACAGCAAGAAGAUUUUUUGAACGAACAAAGUAACAAUGUUAUCGAUGAAACGUUUGAGAGUUCCGGAAAAUUGUAUACCGACGAGAGUGCGAAAAAUAUAAAAGUAGCAUUAUCUUUUUCGAAAAAUAUCUCUGAGGCAAAUUCAGCUGAUAUAUGUCAAGAAUUUGUGACCGAAACACAAAAUACUGAAAAUAUAGAAGAAAAGAGUGAGCAAUCGUUAUUAAAAAUAGAGGAAAUGUACCUUCAGGAAAUACCACUGACAAAAAUUGAAGUUUUGAAAGAUGAAUAUGAGUAUGACAGUAUGAGAGAACAUGCGAUGGAAUUGACUUACCUUUCUGAAGAUAAUAAUAAUAUAGGAGAGUUUCUUGAAGAUAUACAAGAAGAAAAGAUGAUAAUAGACACACACAACGAUAUUAACUUAAUCAAUGAACACGUGGAAGAGGGAAAGAUGAUAAAAGAUAUUCACAAUGAUAUUAACACGAUCAAUGAACAGCUCCAAUAUAUAUCCAAACAGACAUAUCAAAGUUCUUCAUGUAACUUCGUUCAAGAAGACGAUCCCGUUGAUGUAAAUGAAAAAAAAGAAAUUUCCACUGAAAACGAUGUUCUUAAUGUCAAUAUUGUUGAAUGUACUUCCGUAGAAAAUGAUAAUGAUUCCAAAGUCACUGAGAUUAUACCAAAUAUCGUGAACAUUAGAAGCAUAUCGCCAUCGUUAUUUGAAAAACUAGAUACGAAUAUAUUUUUUAAAAAUAAUUUAGAGAUAUUGAAUAAAAAUGAUGAAAAAUCGAUGAAUAUAAACGACGAUUUGGAAAUUUCGGAUGUGAACGACAUACCCUGUUUACGCUGUAAACGUAAGAGUAUGGUACGUUGUCAAGCUUGCUUGGAAGCGACUUAUUGCUCAAAACGUUGCUCAGCUUUGUAUUGGAAGGCGAUACAUCACAAGCAAUGCAAAGGCGAUAAUUUUACCUAUAUCGAUCUAGUUUAAAAACACAUCUAACAAAUUAUGACUACAACUGCAAUAUAAAUGUCGAGAAUCUUUUCUUAGCAUUUUAAGCUUCUCAAACCAAAAUAUAUGUUCAAACAGACGUAUGAAACUUCUUCAUGUAACUUCGUUCAAGAAGACGUUCCUGUUGAUACAAAUGAAAAAAAAAAAAGAAAUUUCCGGUGAAUACGAUGUUCUUAAUGUCAAUAUUGUCGAAUGUACUUCCGUAGGAAAUAACAAUUCCAAAGUCCCUGAGAUUAUGCCAAAUGUCGUGAACAUUAAAAGCAUAUCGCCAUUGUUAUUUAAGAAACUAGAUAUGAAUAUAUUUUUUGAAAAUAAUUUGGAGAUAUUGAAUAAAAAUGAAUAAAUAUUUCUCAAUUAAACAGUAUUAUAUUGUUACUAAGAAUUAAUACAUAAAAACUAUUGACGUGUGGAUUCUGUAAUGGAAUUUUUCUGUAUGUAGGACAAUUUGUAUUAAUAUUCUAUGUUUUUUUUAUUUCAUUAAUAAAAUAGAGAAACAGAAAAAAAAUUAACAAGAAUAUUGAUUUUUAAACUUCUUAAAGCCUUACUUCUUUUCACAACUACAACGAAUAUUGUUAAUACACAAUUAUAAUUGUGCAAUCUAUAAAUGUAA